AUGGUAGCUAGAACAUCCAGUUUCGCCAGUGCCUCCUCCAGGCUCCCUGCACUUACCCUAUCGCCCGCACGCCUCAUGAUCACUUCUCAAUUCACCAAACCACAACUGCCCCCAAAAAGUCUUGAUCUCUCAGGCCAAACAGCGAUUGUAACUGGCUCCAACAAUGGCAUCGGUUUGGCUUCCGCCAAGCUUUUUCUCAAGCAUGGGCUGAGCCACCUCAUCAUCGCUGUUCGUUCAGAAGCGAGAGGUAAUGAGGCAGCUCAACAGUUGAGAGGAAUUGCUUCGGACGCAGAGAUUGAAGUUUGGAAACUUGAUAUGGGAAGUUAUAUCUCAAUUGACGCGUUUGUGAAGCGUUGCGAAACGCUCCCCCGUCUUGACUAUGUCAUUCUCAAUGCCGCCAUGGGUAACGCCACUCUCCGAAUCAACGAGUCCACUGGUCAUGAAGAAACUAUUCAGGUCAAUUUCUUGUCUACUAUGUACCUCUCCGUCCUUCUUCUACCUCUACUAAAGAACAAAAAAUCUUCACCAUCGAAACCGGGACGAUUGACUGUCGUCAGCUCAGGAAGUUCGAUGCACUGCGAGCUACCUGAGGCAAGGUCAGACCCAUUGAUCCCCGCUUUCGACUCUGAAGCAACCUUUGAUGGAAUGCCGCACUACGCCAAGUCGAAACUUCUUGGACAACUGUUUAUCGAUAAGCUAGCGCGUCACGUCGACCCUCAAGACGUCAUCAUCAACUGCGUCGAUCCGGGAUUUACCAAGGGCACUGGUCUCUUGGAUAACGCGCCGAUAGUCAUGAAAAUCUUCAUGACUAUCAUGGCGAGGAUUCUCGGGCGUACUCCAGAACAAGGCGCUUCAACCUAUGUUGAUGCUGCCAUCAUCAAGGGAGAAGAAACGCAUGGGUCAUACUUGAUGGACUGGCGAAUUUAUCCGUGA